AUGAGGUUUUCCCCGUGGCUUGCUGCCCUUCUCGGCGCAGCCCGGGCCCGGGCCGCGGACCAGUCCUCGCUGUAUGGAAAUUCGACCGACGCUUGCGCCCAACUGGCCUCGGCCCUUCCAGGCAAGACGUCCUUCCCGGACUCGGCCCUCUACGGCCAGUCCAAGGACUACUGGUCGGCGCUCCAGGCCGCCCUGUCGCCCGCCUGCUUCUUCUACCCAGAAAGCACGGCCGAUGUCUCGGUCGCCAUGAAGCUGCUGGCUUCCCUGUCGGCACCCUUCACUGUCAAGAGCGGCGGGCACACGCCCUACGCCGGCGGCUCCAACAUCCAGGCCGGAGUGACGAUAGACCUAAUCCGCCUCAACCAGGUCACCGUCUCGGCGGACCGGCAGACGGUCUCGGUCGGGCCCGGCAACCGCUGGGGUAACGUGUCGGCGGUGCUGGACCCGCUCGGGCUCGGCGUCGUCGGCGGCCGCGUCGGCCAGGUCGGCGUGUCGGGCCUGACCCUCGGCGGCGGCAUCUCGUACUUCUCCAACCGCCGCGGCUGGGCCUGCGACAACGUGCGCGCCUUCGAGGUCGUGCUCUCCAGCGGCCGCGUCGUCGUCGCCACCCCGGCCCGCCAUCCGGACCUCUUCUGGGCUCUGCGCGGCGGCGGCGGCAGCCACUUCGGCCUCGUCACGCGCUUCGACCUCGAGGCUUUCCCCCAGGUCGGCGGUCUGUGGAGGCGGCUGUCGCUCUACUCGCUCGCCUCGCCGUCCGCCGCCCAGCUCAUGCAGGCCUACGCCGACCUUGGCCUGGCGGGGCUGGACGGGGACCCGGACGGGCACAACUUUAUGUUCGUUGGCGACAUGGCCGCCUUUGGCGGCGGCUUCAUGGGCAGCUUCCUCUACCAUUCGAACCCCGCCGCCGCCGACGACCCGCUGGCCGUCCCGCCCGUCUUUGCCGACAUGGCCUCGGUGCCCGGCUCGCUCCAGACCACGACCGACGUGGCCAACGUGUCGGCGCGCUUGCUCGAGAUCGGGGAGCCCAACGGCCUCCGCAAGGGCUGGACCUCGGUCGCGAUCCGCCUCACCCCCGACACGGCCGCUUUGCUCCGCGACGUCGUCGUGCCCGAGUUCCAGGCCCACGUCGCGAGGCUCCGCGCCGCCGCCGCCUCUCUCAACGUCACCGACGAGGCCCUGAACCCGGGCAUGUCGUGGCACGUCGUCACGGCGACCACGCUGCGCGCCAUGCAGCGCAACGGCGGCAACGCGCUGGGCCUGCGGCCCGAGGACGGGCCGCUCAUCCACAUGAACACGAUCCACGGCUGGUCGCGGCCCGAGCUGGACGAGCUCGUUGAGGCCGGCCUGGACGAGUUGACGGCGCGCAUCGAGCGCGGCGCGGCCGCGCGGGGGCUGGACAGCAGGUACAAGUACUUGAACUACGCCGGCCGCGCCCAGAGGGUCUAUGAGGGCUACGGGGCCGAGAACCACGCGCGCCUGCGCCGGGUGGCGGCGCACUACGACCCGGACGGGGUGCUGAGGAGGCUGUGGAGGGGGUACAUUAAGCUGUAG